AUGGCAUCCACAUCCGCUAGUAGUAACUCCGCCUCCUCGUCCUCCCGACCCACCCUCCGUCGGCCCAUCUCCCUCCCCUCCCUCCCUCCCGAUCCCUCCGCCUCCUCCAUCACCACAUCCAUCCUCUCCGCACCCUCCUUCGACACCGUUUCGACCACCCCCUCCCUCCCUCUCUUCUUGACGAUUCUUUUCGGACUCCCCAUCGCUCUAUGGACGUACAAAUGUCUCAUGUUAUUCCUGUUUCAACGCAAGAUUAUAUAUAUGGGGUAUGCGCCUAUUGGGGCGAGAGGGGAAAGGUUGGGUGGGCGCUCGAUGGGCGUUAACGGCGGUGAGGAUGGGAGUACUAUACGCAAGGUUAGGGACGGGGAUGCUGGAAUGGGUGACGUUGUGCAGGCUCCGAGGGGCGUGGAGGUCGAGGAGGUUAGCAUUCCGAGUGGGAAGGGCGGGAUGUUGAGUGGGAUUGUGGUUAGGAAGGAGGGAGAGACGUAUGGGUCGAGCCGUGAUGCAGGAGACGGAGACAGCAACGCCGGAUCGCCCCUGCACCGCCUCCCCCUCUGUCAUUCCCUCAUCGCAUCCUUCCCUUCAAACUCUCAUGCACAUGCGCCAAUCAUCCUCGCCGUAGCACCCCGCUCGUACUGGAUGUCCACUGCGCCUCCAUUCUCCUUCCCCUUCUCAUCGUUCCUCCCAGACGUCAUUCAACGCGCCCUUCCCCGUCCCGGUCCGACCCAAAAAGGCCUCAUAGAAGACUACACCGCCGUCCUGCGAUACGCCACUGAGCGGUGGACAAACUCAGACGGGGAAGAAGGGGCAAGGAAUAAUAUUGUGAUCUGGGGACAUAGUCUGGGCGCGAGCGUCGCUUGUUGUACGUUGGCUUCGAUCGCGGCGCCUCAUUCUACCUCUCGCCCUCCUCGGUCUCCUCCCCCUCCCCAGCCUCACCCAACCCAAAAGUUCGCUUGCACCCCAGCCCUUCCCUCCCUUCCCUCGCGCCCAAUCCCAAUCAAACUCCAUGCCCUAAUCCUCGAAAAUCCCUUCCUCUCCAUCCCACACAUGCUCUGUAAGAGGUCGGGGUGUUUAUCUUGA